AUGCCGGUGGAAAAAGAGCGUAGGUUCUCCCGCUUGACGGCCCUUCUGCGCCGCCCGUCGUCGUCUUCCGCCAAGAACGCCGCUUCGGACUCCACCACCUCGACUUCAGUGACUUCGACGACGCCGACUCCCUCGCCCACCAGCAUCACCCACGGCAGCAUCUCCAGAGACGCUGUCACCGCCGGAGAGAGAGAAGAGCCUGGCGCUGAAGACGACGACGCCGUCCCCCGCUCGUCUUCCUGGCACUCGCUCGCCACCCAGCCGGCCGUCGCUGGCGAAGUAGCUUCUGCUUCUGCCUCUGCCACUGCUAUUACGCCCACUCCUACAGCGACCAGAGCUACACGGCGCACUCGACCUGUCGAGACUACCGUUGCUCAAAAGUCGCCAGGCGAGGCAGAUGGACACCUGGCGCUGAAGGGCCAGAGAUUGGGCGUUGAUUCGCGGCCCAAUAGAGCUCUGUCGCUGUCCAAUCCGUCGCGGACUCCACCACCAGCACAGCAGCAACAGAUACUGCAACAACAACAACAACAACUGCAACAGCAACCAAUUGCUACAGCUGUACGGUCUACGACGAGACAGGUGCCUUCUCCGUUGAUCGAGUCUCCCGCUUCUCCCAACCCGCCUCUGGCUCGCGCAAGACUUGUCAGCGUUGACAGUGGGAAAGAUACGGUCUCCGCCAGGCGGUUCGAGGACUACAGCUUUGCAUCGCCAGGGAUUCAGGAUCCCUCACAGCUUCAGAAUCGCGCUCAGCGACAGUUCAACCCUCGAGGAAGCAUAAGCGGUUCUCCUCGACCGUUAAACACACUCGACGAGUCUCGUCAGGGCAUCCCCUCACCCGCAUCUCCGAUUUCAGGCAGAAGCCCCCAGAAUUCUUCUGAUCAAAAGGGCCCUCGCCGACCUACACUCGCUGUCAGACGGCAGUCCCUCGUUCCUGCAUCACAGCAGAGGCUGAUAAACACCCUUCUUGAACCACCGUAUACCAGUGGCGCUGAAUACUUCCCCCGUUCAACACCUGCCAUCCAGUUCGACAUGAUCAACCGAAAAGUAUGGGUCAAGCGGCCUGGCUCCUCGCCAACGCUCGUCCUGGUCACAGAGGAAGACCUGGUCGACGACUUGCGGGAUUCUAUCCUGAAGAAAUACGCCAACUCCCUCGGUCGAACCAUCGACUCGCCCGAUAUCGUCAUUAGACUCAUCCAGCGAGAACCGUCGAGCAGACACGGCCAUCAGGAACGUGUUCUGGGUCCAGAAGAACCGCUUACCCGAACACUCGAUCAUUUCUACCCUGGUGGUCAGACGAUAGAUGAAGCCCUCAUCAUCGAAGUCCCGGCACGACGCACCCCAAAGGCAUCCCCUCUUACCCCUUACACUCACACAGACGAUUCCCGCGUCGAACAGUCCGGAUACUUCCCGCCAAUGCAUAUGAUCACACCAAACAGCGCUACCCUGAAAGACUCCAUGACUGCGCCGCAUCCGAACUCCAUGCAGGUUAUCCAUACCGGCCAGGUACCUCCGAUUCCGUCUCCGGGAUGCAGAGGGCCAUGGCAACAACCUCAGCAUCGGGGUAGCUAUCAUCAAUAUGCCAGCUCCCAGACCGGCCCUGGCUCCAUACCGUCGCCGUCUACCAACGCCACUCCGCCCGCUAUCCCUUGUGAACAAGCUCCCAAAUCCGCCUCACCCCCAUCUCGUGUCUCCUCUCCUCGUCCCAAGGGACUUGAAAAGUUGAACAAAAACCGCAGCUCGAAUUCCAACACGUUACCUACCUCACUGCUCGACGGCGCAAUACCACCGAUCAACGUCCUCAUUGUCGAAGAUAACACGAUCAACCUGAAGCUCCUCGAAGCUUUCAUGAAACGUCUCAAAGUCCGCUGGCAGACUGCCAUGAAUGGUCGUGAAGCCGUGAAUAAGUGGCGAGAAGGCGGUUUUCAUCUUGUCUUGAUGGACAUCCAAUUACCUGUCAUGAGUGGCCUAGAGGCAACCCGAGAGAUCAGACGAUUAGAACGAGUCAACAAUAUCGGGGUGUUCCAGCGAUCGGUGUCUGGCCCAUCUUAUUCUGCGUCCAUGGUUGGCUCGCCACCCACCUCACCCUCGCUCUCCGAGACACCAAAGUCAGAGCCGCAUUCAGAAGAAGUUAAGCCCGAGGACUUGCUGAACAAGGAAAACCAGUUUAAGAGUCCCGUUAUCAUUGUUGCUCUGACCGCAAGCAGCUUGCAGAGUGACAGACAUGAAGCGUUGGCUGCAGGUUGCAACGACUUCUUGACCAAGCCCGUAAACAUCGUCUGGCUCGAACAAAAAGUUACAGAAUGGGGCUGCAUGCAAGCUCUAAUCGACUUUGAAGGCUGGAGAAAGUGGCGCGGCUUCCACGACGCAUCCCACGAUUCGGCUGCCUACAAAAGGGGGAAAGAAAACGCCAACCCUAGCUUCGCAGCUGCAGAUACUCCUUUUCGAAAAACUAACGCCCUCAAGACGGUGCUGGGUAAAUCGAGCAGCGCGAAUCUACAGUCCAAACCCCGAGCAGCCGCUGCUGCCAUCUACGGCGACGCCACGCACGCCGGUGCCGAUGAUUCCUCAUCAACAGUCAGCUCUACAACAACGAUUGUUCCAAAGACGGAGGCAGGCCCUUCUACGUCCGGCGUCGGCACCGGAUCACCUACAUCUGUGACAACGAGGAGAUCCCCCGUAGUUACCAAGACGGCAUCAAAUGGUAGUGCAAAUGGCAACACAAAUCCUCAGGCCUGGAAGAGCACUCAACGAAACGGCGUUGCAGUGCCGCCUUGA